CUCCUACGUCAUUGUUUACGCGACUUAGCUUUAGCUCCAAACGAACCGUCUCUACUUUUUAUCGAUUUACAAACUUUCUGUAACGUUUGGAGUAAAUCCAACUUCAUGUGUUCGGCUCAGUAACUGUUAAAUGAAACUUUAGCUCAACGAAAGCUAACAGAUGUGGAGACAACAGGCUAAAUAAGGACGGGAAGCUGCAGCGGAAGAAAUGUCGGAGUUUCUGAACAAAACGGGCCCAGAUCAUGAAGAGGAACUGUCUCGUUUAAAAGAAAAACUGCAACAAAAUAAAAUCCUGGAUGCUGUGUUGAACCCCAGAGUUCUUCUGCAAAGAUUAGUGUUUCCUGCUGAUGUUCAGCAGAUGGUGCUGAUUAAAGAAGAAGCUCCUGAAAAAUGGAGUUCUGGUGUGGACCAGAAGGACCCAGAGACCCUCAACAUAAAAGAGGAAGAGGAGGAACUGAGGAUCAGUCUGGAUGUAGAGCAGCUCAGUGUGAAGGAGGAGACUGAUGACACCAGGUUCUCCUUCACUGCAGUUCAUUUGACGAUGUUCCCUGCAGAUGUUCAGCAGAUGAUGCUGAUUGUAGCAGAAGGUUCUGAAGAAUGGAGGUCUGAUGUGGACCAGAAGAACCCAGAGCUCCUCCAUAUGAAGCUUCAUCAACAAGAUGAAGAUCUUCCAACCAGCAGCUCAUCUGACCAGAUGAAUGCAGCAACUGUUGGAGAAGACUGUGGAGGAGCAGGAACUACCAGGAACCCAGAUCUAGAUGCUCAUGAAGAUGAUUCCAGCUCUUCAGUGACUGACGUCAGUGAGGAUGAUGAUGAAGAUGUAAAUGAUACUGAGUCUCAGAUUAAACACUCAUCAGACUCUGGAUCAGACAUGAAAAUCCCCACAGAACAGAAACCAUUUGCUUGUGAUGUUUGUGGACAAAGGCUUGGACAUAAAUCUACUUUAAAGGUACACAUGAGAAUCCACACAGGACAGAAACCAUUUGCUUGUGAAGUUUGCGGACAAAAGUUUAGGCAGCAGUCACAUUUAAACAUGCACAUGAGAAUCCACACAGGACAGAAACCAGUUACUUGUGGUGUUUGUGGACACAAGUUUAGAGACAAGUCAACUUUAAAUGGUCACAUGAUAAUCCAUACAGGACAGAAACAAUUUGCUUGUGAUGUUUGUGGACAAAGGUUUGGACGGAAGUCAACUUUAAACAGACACAUGACAAUCCACACAGGACAGAAACCAUUUGCUUGUGAUGUUUGUGGACAAAGGCUUGGACAUAAAUCUACUUUAAAGGUACACAUGAGAAUCCACACUGGACAAAAACCAUUUGCUUGUGAUGUUUGUGGACAAAAGUUUGGACGGAAGUCAACUUUAAACAGACACAUGAUAAUCCACACAGGACAGAAACCAUUUGCUUGUGAUGUUUGCGGACAUAAGUUCAGACAACUGUCAAAUUUAAACAUGCACAGGAAAGUCCACACAGGAAGAUAA